UGUGGCCGAGGGAGAGGGCUGUGCCGUCUCUGCACAAUAAAGAGGAGCAGGAGGAGAGGAGCGUAGGGUGAGGUGCUGGAAGACGGAGUGUUGGGUGAGGUGCUGGAAGACGGAGUGUUGGGUGAGGUGCUGGAAGACGGAGUGUUGGGUGAGGUGCUGGAAGACAGACCGUAGGGUGAGGUGCAGAGCCAGCUCCUGGGCAGCCAGUAGUCGAGGACCAGAGGAGGGCUGUACAGAGGAGCCGACGCCUCCGACGGCCGAGGAGGGGGGGGGAGCCCUACGCACGACGCCACGCCUCGGAUCAGCAAUCAGCCAAUCAGCACUGGGAGCCCAUCGCGCCUCCACUGGCCUGUCCACAUCAACCCCUCUGUGCUCCACAUGGGUGUCUGCGCCCGCCCCGCCGGUUUCUCCUGCGCUGCUGCCCCCUCAGGGACCUACUCCCCGCCGAACCGUCAGCCCCUUUCAUCAGUCGGAGGGCUAGCGGGGGGCGUCUGAGCGCGGCGUCUCCGGAAAGUGGCUGGGAAGAUGACGACCAUGCAGAGGCUUCUGCAGCUCCCGGUGAAUGCGGUGAACAUGGUGAAGACGGCACAGGUUCAGGAGGAGGCCAAGAGCCCGGUGCUGACCCCCGACGGCGGGCAGCAGACGUGGUAUAACGCGGUCAGGCCAGACGAGCUCAGGUACCUCCGGUCCGGCGGCGAGCAGGAAGAGCGGCCAACGCUGGAGGAGGGUGUCACCAGCGCCCAAACACAGCCUCUGCGACAUGAUGACUUGAAGGAGAUGCUGGACAGUAAUAAGGACUCCUUGAAGCUGGAGGCCAUGAAGAGAAUCGUUGCUAUGAUUGCCAGGGGAAAGAAUGCUUCAGACCUGUUCCCUGCAGUAGUGAAGAAUGUGGCCUGUAAGAACAUUGAGGUGAAGAAGCUGGUGUAUGUGUACCUGGUGCGCUAUGCGGAGGAGCAGCAGGACCUGGCUCUGCUCUCCAUCUCCACCUUCCAAAGAGGCCUAAAGGACCCCAACCAGCUGAUCCGUGCCAGUGCUUUGCGGGUGCUCUCCAGCAUCAGGGUCACCAUUAUUGUGCCCAUCAUGAUGUUGGCCAUCAAAGAGGCGGCAUCUGACAUGUCCCCCUACGUGCGCAAGACCGCUGCUCACGCCAUACCCAAGCUCUACAGUUUGGACCCAGAACAGAAGGACCAGUUGAUCGAGGUCAUCGAGAAACUUCUUGCCGACAAAACAACACUGGUGGCCGGGAGUGUGGUGAUGGCAUUUGAGGAGGUGUGUCCAGAACGCAUAGACCUCAUCCACAAGAACUACCGCAAGCUCUGCAACCUGCUGAUUGACGUGGAGGAGUGGGGUCAGGUGGUCAUCAUCAACAUGCUCACCCGCUACGCCCGGACACAGUUCCUCAACCCCAACAUGAACGAGUCCCUGCUGGAGGAGAGCGGGGAGAAGGCCUUCUACGGUUCGGACGAGGAGGACGGGAAGGAUGAGAAGGUUGAGGCCACUGCCCUGGCCAAGAGGAAGCCCUAUGUGAUGGACCCGGACCACAGGCUCCUGCUGCGCAACACCAAGCCCCUGCUGCAGAGCCGCAACGCAGCCGUGGUGAUGGCAGUGGCCCAGCUUUAUUUCCACCUGGCUCCCAAAGCGGAGGUGGGGGUCAUUGCCAAGGCCCUUGUGCGCCUCAUGAGGAGCCACAGUGAAGUCCAGUACGUAGUAUUACAGAAUGUGGCCACAAUGACCAUCAAGAGAAGGGGGAUGUUUGAGCCAUACCUGAAGAGUUUCUACAUCCGAUCCACCGAUCCAACCCAAAUCAAAGUCCUCAAAUUGGAGGUUUUGACCAAUUUGGCCAAUGAGACCAACAUAUCCACUAUUCUGAGGGAAUUUCAGACGUACAUCAAAAGCAUGGAUAAGGACUUUGUUGCGGCCACCAUCCAAGCAAUCGGCCGCUGUGCCACCAACAUCGGCGAGGUCAGGGACACCUGUCUGAAUGGGCUGGUCCUGCUGCUGUCCAACCGGGAUGAGCUGGUGGUGGCUGAGUCAGUGGUGGUGAUCAAGAAGCUUCUUCAGAUGCAACCAGAACAACACAGUGAUAUCAUCAAGCACAUGGCCAAACUCACAGACAACAUCCAGGUCCCCAUGGCAAGGGCCAGCAUCUUGUGGUUGAUUGGGGAAUACUGUGAGCACGUACCCAAGAUUGCACCUGAUGUGCUGAGGAAGAUGGCCAAGUCAUUCACUAAUGAGGAGGACAUUGUCAAGCUGCAAAUCAUCAAUCUUGCAGCAAAGCUUUACCUGACCAACUCCAAGCAGACUAAACUUCUCACACAAUACGUCCUCAACCUGGCCAAGUACGACCAGAACUAUGACAUCAGGGAUCGGGCACGUUUCAUCCGCCAGCUCAUCGUACCCACAGACAAGAGUGGGGUCCUUAGCAAGUACGCCAAGAAGCUGUUCCUGGCCCUGAAGCCAGCACCUGUCCUAGAGUCUCCAUUCAAAGACAGAGACCACUUCCAGUUGGGCUCUCUUUCCCAUCUGCUCAACGCUAAGGCUGGGGGCUACCAGGAGCUACCUGACUGGCCCGAGGCAGCUCCAGAUCCCUCCGUGCGCAACGUGGAGGUGAAGGAUACUGUUAUUGUGCUGCUCGAAAGAGUCACAGCCUUAACCAGCGUUCCUGAGUGGACCAAGUGCAGCAGCCGAGAGAAGAGGAAGGAGAAGAAGGUGGAGAAGCCCUUCUAUUCGGACUCAGGUGGAGAGUCUGGGCCCACAGAGUCUGCAGACAGCGAGUCAGACAUGGGCAGUGGGUCAGAGAGCGGCAGUGAGAGUGGCAGUGAGGAGAGCGGCUCUGAAUCUGGAAGUGAGGACAGUGAAGAGGAGUCAGAGUCAGAGAAGGAGGAGGAGAAGAAGAAGAAGAAGAAGGCAGACAAGAGCAAAGCCAAAAAAGCUGCACCGGAGAGUGCAGAAAGCGAGCAGAGCAGUGGAGAGGAGCGAAAGACUGUGAAGAAGAGCAAAGCGCCCAGGAGUGGGUCAGAGUCUGAGUCUGAGGAGGAAGAGGAGACCUCGUCUGAGAGCAGCGAGUCCGAAUCGGAGUCCGAGCAGGAGUCAGAGUCUGAUACAGACACAAAGCGGAAGAAGAAGACCAGUUCAUCCAAAGCACCUCCAAAGCAACCCAAAAAGGAGAAGAAAGAGAUGUCCCUGCUUGAUCUGGAUGACUUUGACCCUGCCCCUUCACCUCAGGUCACCCCGGUCAAUAAUUUCCUAUCCAGUAGCCUGGUGACAGACCUAGAGGGGCUGUCCUUGACAGACACCGCCCUGUCCCCUGUGACCAUCAGCCCCACAUCCAGCUCUGUGAAGACCUACGAGCUGCUGCAUCGCAUCACAGGGGAGGGCCUGGCCGUGCAGUACUGCUUCAGCCGCCAGCCCUUCAGCCCUGACCCACACAUGGUGGCCGUGCAGAUCCAGUUCACCAACAACACCGAGUCCGAGGCCAAGAGCCUGUCCAUUCAGGAGCCCAAGCUGCAGUCUGGCAUGCGGAUCAAGGAGUUCCCCGAGAUCGAAGUGUUGCCCCCAGGGGAGACGAUCUCCGUGGUUAUGGGCAUCGAUUUCUGCGAUUCCACACAAGCAGCCAACUUCCAGCUCUGUACUCACACUCGGAAGUUCUUUGUGUCGAUCCAGCCCCCAGUGGGAGAGCUGUUGAUGCCGGUCUUCAUGACUGAGAAUGAGUUCAGGAAGGAGCAAGGUCAGCUGAUGGGCAUGAAUGAGAUCACAGAGCGGCUGACCCUGGGCGAGAAGUGCCAGAGUGACCAUGUGAUCGUGCAAAGGGUUACAUCCGCUGCCAACCUCAGCCGGGUGCCCUGUGGCUCGGAGAAGGAGUGCAGCCUUCCUCUUCCCCUUCCUCCUUCCUCUGCUCCGGUGUCCAGGUUUGCAGGGAAGACGGUGACGAGUGGCAGUCUGGUGCUGGUCACUGUGGUGACGAAAGAGGGACGUGCGGCCCAGCUCACAGUCAACUGUGAGAAGAUGGUGAUUGGCACAAUGUUGGUGAAGGACAUCCUCCAAGCUCUGUCCCAGUGACAGACUGUCUCCUUGACUGCAACUAUCUGCUUUAGCCCUGCAAUUCACACCCCUCAUCCCCCACACUCUGCUUCAGCCAAGGCACACCUAGUUAUCCAGCAACCUCUAAAAACAGCCCUCACUAUAGUUACCCAGUAACCUAUAACUGCAACCCUCUCCAAGCACCAUUUACAGAAACAUUAUGACCACCUGGAUUAUGUACCCAGCUCUGAUUAUGAUUUGAAUGUUCAACUUUGCAAUUAACAUAUAAUUAGCGUAUCUACCAUACCUAUAUUUUGUGCAGCAUUAUAUUAGGAAUAGAAAACAAGAGGAUUCUUAUGUAAGGUGCUGCCAUGGCUAAAAGGGAACCUAAUGCAAAAAACAGCUGAAUACAGUUUAUGCCUAAAUACACCUCAUAAUGGAGCACAAGGUCCUCCAUUUGUUCCAAAAAUACAAGGCCAUUGUCAUUUGUCAUGAUUAGUCUGAAAAAAAAAUCUAUUCUAAUCUAAUCCAUAAUGUUAUGGAUUCUGGAACAAGGUGGUGUCAAAGACCCUGUUUACACUUGGUUUUAAAAUGCGUUUCGGUGACCCGAACACAAGUGGACAGCCGAGACACAUCGCAGUUCACACCUGUGUCUAUCAUGCGUCUCCAAGGUAUCCAGCUGACCACUUUUGUUCAGAUUUCGUUACUGCCUAUCUCACUUCCGUUAGAAGGUCAAAGGGCCCCGCGCACAGUUAUUACGUCAGUCUGUCGCCAGACAAGCGCCAGAUUUGUUUCGCACGGGCUAGCUAAGAAAACAAAAAUGUUUCAAGAACUAAUAUAUAUGCACAUUCCAACUGUUCAGAUAGGCAGGACAAAGUCAUUUGCGACUUGCGAAAGAGCGCAGGACAAGACGAAGACUGUCACCAAAACAACCACCACGUCCUGCAUUCAUGACGUAUUUUCCUGGUACAUCCUUGUCGGGGACCCAUCAGGACGCAUUAGCAUUUACACUACAAAAGAUAUGUGGUCAAAUGCGUCCCAGACCACCUCGGCAAGUGGUUUGAGUGAUUGGAUCACAAUGCGUCUUGGUGGUCGUUCACACUUGUAUUUAGUGCUGUCCACUUGUGAUCCGAUCGCCCAAGAUGCACUUUAAAACCAAGUGCAAACAGGGUCAAGGUGUUUUACUUUUUCCAAAGUGAAUAACAGCACUGUCCUGCCUGAGAACUGAAACUGCUACUGUCGGUUACAAUGGUGGGGUGUGGGUUACACUGCACCCCCUGCUGCCCACUGUCUUACACGUUGUCAUAAUGGGAACAUUAACCUGAUGUAGGGCUUUUAUUCUUUAGUUUGUUUGUUUUUUCUAACAUUUUAAACAAUAGGGGGAUUUUGUGGCUGACACUAACCAACAUUCAGUCAGUCACAUAGAAUUGGCAUAGUCUGUGGAAGGAUAUAACCACAAGAACACAGAAUUUAAAUGCAGAACAAGAUUGUGACACCUGCUACCAUCAUACCCUUGGUCUAAUUACAUCAUCAACAAGUUUAAUACUUAGAUUGGAGUUUCUUAGCCCAUAACAUGCACUGUAGUACUGGAUCUCAGUUUUAUUAGCAGAUGGGUGAUAUACAGACCAUAUUUAUACGUAUAUGUAUAGUACUCUAGAUGUACAUGUCUUAUACUUGUGACUGUGUAUGACAUACACUUUACAACGACAGUUGAUUCAUAUUAUAAGUAGCUUAAUUAUCAACACUCAAACAUAAAGUCUUCAGAUCAGCUGGAAUAUGGAAUAUCUAACAUUUUACAAUUUUGAAUGCCUGAUCGAUAAUGUGAACUGGUCUAGGAUGUAAUCUGAACUGUACACUGUAUACUCCAGUGGUCUUUCACCAUGUUUUAUCAGUGAAAUGAGGGGGGGAAAUGGUGAGAACAUUCAUUAGCAAUUUAUUUUGAUGAAUAAGAUGUAUAAGACAAAAUAUAGGGUUAAAAAUUGAGUAAAUAUGUCGGUCAAAGUCUACAAUUAGUCAUUUACAUGAGUCACCCACAGUAUAUUAUAUUUUUACUUUACAGCAUAGUGUUCUGUAACAUGGUCAGGGCUGAAGGAGAGAAGGUCUGCCUUGACUGUUGGCAAGGUCUGUUCAUCUCACCUCUGCCUAGCAUGAAUGUAGCAUGUGGACUAAGUUGUACCUAUUGAAAUACAGAGGGUACAGUACCGUUGAACUGCCAUUUUCAGCAUAGAAAGGUAAUGAUUUUAACCAGAUAAUUAUAUAAGUAUGUUCAAACCAAACAGGGUAUUUCAUCAUGGGGUAACUUUUGCUUACAACUUAUUACCACCUCUUUUAAUGAUGCCACGUAUAUAGUGCUUAUCGGUACAGUGACAGUUUUCAGUGUUUCAAAUGUGCAGAGGUUAUUUAUUUUCAUUCAAAACCUUUUUUUCACAUUUUGAGACCAUGAAAUGGUGGAGUUAAAACUAAAUUGUCAUUUGGUGUAUGUCCUAGGACUCCUGUAAUCUCAUAAACCAUGCAAGAAUUUAGUAAACAUAAAUUACGAUAAAAUAAUGGGUAUUACACAACAAUAUGUAAUACAAAAUGCCAUCCAAGUCAUUCAUCUGGUGCAUGGCUUAGAUUGAAUUAUGACAUAGACCUUGUGGGGGCUGAGUGAAUGAGUACAACAUUGAGACUUUUCUCCAUUUUCAAAAUAAAGUGGUUCAGUUCACAGAAGGUUCUUGUUCUUCUCCCCUGUUCAUUUGUACAAGCAUUUUGUAUUGCUUUAGUAAACUUAUGUAAGAUGCAAUUUUCCAUUGAGUUAAGUGCUUGUAUCGUGAGUCAUAUAUACCUGUAUUUUGCAUGUUACUUUCCAGGGCAAUGAGCAUUGCAACUCCGAUUAUUUUUGUAUAUUUUGUGGUUACAGUAGAAAGCUGAAACUGUAUUCCUGGUUCACACCCAAUAAAUACAGAAUGAGUGAAUUUAGUGCAGUGGUUGUAAAGAGAGAUUUAAAGACUGGUUUGCAUGUCUUAAAACACUGAUUACUGUGCUGUGUGAUUGCUGCAGUGGUGCAAAGAUGCAGUUCUCUGUUCCUUUUAAGGGAGGCCUGGCCCAGCUUGCUGUUUCUACUUCUAAAUUGUAUUCAUUCUAUAGGACAUCCAUGCUUUGAAAUUUUUCAAAGGAUGCUUGUGCAGUUUAGUAGGCAAUUGAUAGGACUGAAUUAAAACAAAAGCUGGAAAUACUGGCAAACAUUUUAUGAUUAAAAAUAAGGUAGGUCAUAUAUUUAUUUCUGAGCAAUUCAUAUUAAAGGUUAUCGCUUCUCUACUUUUUUCUGAGACAAUGUUCAAUGUGGCAGGAAAAAUGAACUAUGUAUUAGAAAUGCAUCAAAGCAUGUUUUCCCACUGAUAAUGUUAAAUGCAAACACUGGCCUUCUUUUACUGUUUAUUUCUAUAUUUAACACUCAUUUAUUCUGUUUGUGAAUAGCAUCAGUAGUGUGUUUCAGUCUUCCCCUUUCUUCUGUGUGGUUGUUGAAAUGGUGUGAGUAUUACAGCUUUAUUUAUUUUACAAAUGAAAAUGUCAAUAAAAGCUGAUUAUUCAAAGUA